AUGGAGUCUCCACCGAAGGCUUCCUCUCAGCAAGGAGACGCCGACGAUGAGGAGAUCAAUGCCGUCAAACGCCUGCUGGAUGACACUGAGACAACCCCUGGCAAAGUGACUGCCCUUCUCAACCUCCAGGAAUCUACUUCUGAACCAGAAUCCGACCAAGACGAAGACGGCUCGUCUGACGAGGAUGACCCAUGGCUCAAUGCUGGAGCACAGCCCGGAGUUCCCGCGAACCGUGAACACGGCAUCUCCGAGGCCGAGGUGUCCAACGGCCAUGCCGCAGAGUACUACCAGGAGAGAAAUACUCACGACCCUAACUCAUGGGAAUAUGCGCUAGCUCUGGCUGAACAAGAUGAUGCCGUGGGACACACCGCUCAUGCGCCGAUAUUCCUCGGAAUAUGCGCAAAUCUGGCAACACAGGCACUGAGAAGGGAAUUGGAAGGUUCCAGGGGGCUUGGUGAUGGUGUCUUUGAUGUUCAACCCCCGAAGCAGCAACCGAUGACACCUAAUCACUUUGAGCUCUACCUAAAGAAGACUUUGUUCGAAGAAUCUGUCAAUAUCUCGACUACCGUUGACGAGCCUGGAUGGGCCGAUGAUCCCGACUCUUCAGUAGACACUGUUGUUUUCCCUGGUUGGAAUGAUCCCGCCGAAGAGUUCAAGUUGAAACCCCAGGGAAAAUUUGUGGCCGAGACCAAGAAAGCUCUGGACGAUUUUCUCGAGCAUGUCCAACUGGGCGGCAAUCUUUCCGCUCUAGGUAAUGGAGGUGGUUUCUCGUCAACGGGCUUACCAAGUCUUUUGAAGAAGUCAUUCACAACGUAUGAAUGGCUCGGCAUGUGGCGAAGCUCCAAAGGGCGGAAGAUCAGGAUCUCGCGCUCGGCGUUGGGUGAUGGUUGUUCCAAGGAGCGCCCCACGACUCCAGGCAAGAAGGAGGACAAGCUUGAAGACCUCUCUGAGCAUGAGCAAGAGCGGCUGCUUUCCUUAGAGAACGAACUUCUUGGACUGGACAAGUACAUGGGCGGCGAUAGCGAGUAUCUCACAGUCGUCACCUACAGCGACGACUACGUCGGUGCCAUCGCCCUCUUCCAGGCUAAGCUCUCGCCGGACCACAAGAUCACCACUCUAGACCGCAUCGCCAUGAUAUCCGACGUUCCGAGAAAGAUCUGCGACAUCCUCCAAGACGAAAUCAAGCCAAACCGCUACGUCGUGGGACGAGCCAAGCGCAAGGUCAAGUGUUUUGACAGUGGCGAGAUGCCUCCGCUGCAGAUCAUCAAGGUCUCGAACCAAGCGACGCCAUGGUCCAGCAGUGGAGGCGGAUGGCGCCAAGCUCUGCGGGUGCCCGAGCAGACUACCGAGUAUAGCUCAGGCGAAGGGCUGAUCGCGACGAUCCCCCAGAUGAUCGGCCUGCUCCACCUGCAGCAUCAAACCUUGACCAAGCUUGCGUCGUCUCAGGCUUUUGUCUUUGAGAAGUCUAUUGAUGCUAGUGGGGGGCUGCUUCGUAGGGGGAUCUUGCUGAAGGGACGUCCAGAGGGGUUGUCGCACAUUGGACAGAAUACCAGGAUUGCUGUCUUGUUUCCGAUGGAUAGUGUUUGGGCCAGGGAGCAAUUCUUCUGGGCGUGA